GCGAGCGGCUCCCAGAGUCAGAUGCACGCGCACAACAGAAAGAGGGGGCAGGAAGGGGGUUCAGGCCUCCAUGCACCACCCCUGCCUCCCCCUGUUUAAACUGAAGCCUGGUGAAAGCAGCAGGCGAGGGCUUGCAUGGUGCAUUUAAGGAACGCUCCUUGCAGAGCAGCAGCCCCUGAGGAGAAGUCGGUGCUGCAGGAAAGGGAUUGGCUCCUGCUCCAGUGUUUGAGAUGUAUCCCAGGAUAAGAAUGGUUGCACUAUAUACCGUCUCAAUCACGUUGAUUGCAUUCCUUAUUUAUAUAAGGAAAGAGACUAAGUUGGCUGUCUCCCCAGCAGCCAGGAAGAUAGCUGCACCAAAUCCCAGCCAUACGUUCUGGGCCCCGGAGCAGACUGAACCCAGCAAAUGUUUGCCAGACCUGACAAUUGUCAAUUCCUCUCUUGCACUCCCAGAGCUUCACCGCACCUUCUUAAUGUACAAGCACUGCAGGAACUUUUCAACACUGCUGAAGCCCACGAGAUGCAGUGAGGAAACAUUCCUCUUGCUGGCAAUCAAGUCUCUCCCGAUCAACAUAGACCGUAGGGUUGCUAUCAGGAACACAUGGGGGAAAGAAGUGGCCAUCGGCAGCAAGCCAAUCAAACUGGUAUUCUUGCUUGGGCGCUCAGAGGCCAAAAUCCAGGCUCACUCCCUCCAUCAGCUGCUGGUUUAUGAGAGCCAAGAGUUCGAUGACAUUGUCCAGUGGGAUUUCACCGACAACUUCUUCAACUUGACACUGAAGGAGCUGCACUUCCUCCGGUGGUUCAUGGCGGACUGUCCCCACGCCAGGUUUGUGCUGAAGGGCGAUGAUGACGUUUUUGUCAACACCUACAAUAUUGUUGAGUUCCUCAAAGAAUUGGAACCUGGGGAAGAUCUCUUUGUUGGGGAUGUCAUCAGCCAGGCCCGUCCUAUAAGAAACACCAAAGUCAAAUAUUUCAUCCCGGAGUCUAUGUACAAAGCGCCCUACUAUCCUCUCUAUGCUGGUGGCGGUGGCUAUGUGAUGUCCAGAACGACAGUGCAGCGACUCCAGAGCACUGCUGAAGACACUGAACUCUUCCCAAUAGAUGAUGUCUUUGUGGGAAUGUGUCUGGCAAAGAUGGCAGUGACUCCAUUGAACCAUGCUGGCUUUAAGACCUUUGGAAUCCAGAGGCCUUUUAAUCCUUUUGAUCCAUGUCUAUACAAAGAACUGAUGAUAGUGCACAAGCUGAACCCCACCGAGAUGUGGAUCAUGUGGACGCUGGUAAAGGAUGACCAUAUUAGGUGUGCUGUAUCAUUAACUCAGUAACUCACAAAAUGAGACUGCUGAUGCUAAGUGCAGGGAACAGAAUGAUGGUGGUGGUUACUCCAGAUUGCUUAAACUGACAUUAAAAACAGAAACAAAAGAAAGUCGUAGUAGAUGAUACAUUUUUAUUAACAGACUGUAGUUUACAGUAAGGUAAUGUUCUGCAAUGAGCCUCUGAAAAUAUAUUGUUGGGUUACUGAAGCAUCAUGAGGUUGAACUGAAAACACAUAGGGGGGAUAGCUCAGGGACUUGGGAUUGGGAUUGCUUCCUCUGUAGAUCACUGAUUUGAAUUCAGCCCAGCUGGGUGGUUCUGAGUGGCUCUUUGCAAAGUGCGGUGGUGGUCUUAGUGCCAGUUCUGAUGGUGUCCAAGUUACAACUACCAACCUUACUAGCAGCCUCUAGUUACUGGCCUUCCUGCUAAACAGGCAGUAGAGCCUGAACUCACCCAUUAACCCUUGAAAUCAGGGCUAAGGCACAAGAAGUGUGUGGACAAGCUUAUGCUGCUGGGUCUGCGCAUCUCCUGUCAAGGACUUCACUGUCCACGGUUAGCAAUCCACCAGAUGUCACCAGCACUAAAUUUACUUAAUGGGGAUGUGGGGGAAAGAACACAGAGAAGAUGGUCUAGAAACCUUUCAGUUGUCUGUUCUUAACACAGCCACGACACUGCAAGGUACUUAGUUCUAAUAGCACUGACUUCUAACCAGCUCUUUUUCUUUCGAUUUUUAUCUACUUACAUUAGAUUAUUUGCACUGGAAUUUUUGCACAAAAAUACUUUACAGUGGGAUUGGGAGAAGAAACAAAUUGCUAUUAACCACUAUAAUAACAAUGGCUUUUUUAAACAGCAGGUAUAAAUAAAUACAGUUUUGAAAGUGUUUACAUUGAGUAUUCUUGUUCUGUUGGAAGUACAACUGAGAUGAGAAUAUCAAAACAAAAUCCAGGGUUAGCUGACAGCUACCUCCAUCAGAGAUUACACAGCUGCAAAUGGAAAAUAUAUCUGUAUGGCUUUGUGGGAAGUGGGACUUGCUAAUUAAUUGGCCUUGUGGCGGAGAGUGGUAUAAAUCCCUACACAGGUCCUGUGUCACCUUGGUGCUAUCUGAGUCAAUCCCUUGAGUAAAGUUCAAGAAGAUCCAUCCUCCUUGGUACUCAUAUGGAGCGUUUCAACUUCAUGAAAUAAUCCAUCCUUUCACUGCUGUGUUGCAGGUGAGGGGAGGAGGCCUCGAAGUGGUAGUAAAGUGCUGCUCUUGGAGGAGAGAGACCUCAGUUUUAGUCUGAUUGCUGUGACCUUGGCACCUGGACGGGCAAUACUACCACACAGAUGUGAGAUGGUCCUUUAUGUUUGUAAAGUGCUUUGCGAUCCAGUGCAGGGCGGUCUCUUAUCAAGAGAAACUGAAGGAUGGAGAGGGCAAGUUAUGUCCUUCCACAAGGCCAGAGAGAGGGGAGUUUGACAGAGCUGGUACUAGAAGCAAGAAAUUUCUGCUUCUCUGUCUAAGUUUGUGACAAGACUGUUUAAACUACAUCAAAUCAAUGGAUUCUGAUGUUGUGGGUUCCUGUUUGCCAGUGUAUUAUGCUUUCGCUGUCACUACUCUGCUUGCUUUUAUUAGCGCUUAACCUGAACUGCCUUUCUAGUUACUUCUGAUGUUCUUGUCAAUUCCUUUAGUGUUGGAGGGUCUCACCAUUUUACUUAGGGUUGUAGUUGUCUGAAGGCACCAGGGAUUGUAACCUUGGAUACUAUUCCACUUGUCACUUGUAUGACAUAUUUGCUCACUGUUCCUCUAGUGGACUCUGCCCUGGAAUAAGUGAUUCCUGUGUAAGAAUCUAGGAAGAGAUAAUAGAAAUAGAUAAAGCAGUUGAAGAGGAGCAUGUAUGAAAGCAGAACUGCCAUUUAGAGACUAGCCCAUAAUCUGGGUUCAUCUUUACCUAAAUUUAACUUUCAGGUCACAGAUUAUUUUUUAUUAAGAACAAUGUAAGUCCCUAAUGAAUACUACUGUACCCUUCCACCUUUCUAUUCGGGGGUAGUAAUUCCUGAUGUAGGGGUUUAAAACAUAAUUAGGAAGGUGUUUAAUUCUGAAAAGUGUUUGUGUUGCUCUAUUUGUAACGUAGGAAUAAGGUAGGGUAGUAAAACUUAAUGCUUGGAUUUUUAGGGGAGAGGAAGCUUGUUCACAGGACACUGAUAUUGUGGGUGGGCACUUUUCAUCCAUUGCCAGAGAGCUGUGUGUGUCACUUGUGUGUGCGUCAGUGCUGCUAUCUAGGAUAGGGGUUGGUACCUUUUAUGAAAUACCACUGUAUCAUUUCUUUGUUACCCUGGACAAUCUCAGAUACAAACUCAGUGGGAUACAGUAAGAAAUGAUUAGUGUGACUCUCCAAGCACUGUACAAAUUAACUUUAGCAGUUUAUCGCCACAUGCUUAUCAGUAGAUAGGACUGGAAAGGACUUUGAGUCAGUGAAAGGCUCGAACAUAUAUGAGCUGACUAAUUUUAAGAGCUUUGAAUGUAUUCCAACUAGUGUUGGAAAAAUAAAGACCAACCCUAAUUCUUGUCAUCUCAAAUGUGGUUCACAGAAGGAUGCAUUUGAAAGGGGCUUAUCUUCCAUUCAUGUUUAACUAAGAUUUCUAAUAUGCCUCUCUCCAAUGGCAAAGUAGACAGACUGGUUUGGGUGUUAAUGACACGUUACAGGACUGAGUUUACAGGUGCAAAGGUAUUGGUUAUUAUCAGUAACAAGCAAGUUGUCUAAGCUGCUUCCAUGGUUUCAUCAGGAAGGUGAAUCAUUCCUCUUAACAUGGGCUACCAGCAUAUUGUAACAGUACUGGAUUGAAAAAAUUACCUUUUUCCCCCCAUGCAACUUCAUUCUAUUCUUAAAGUGGCUGUGUGCUGUCUUAGCAGAAUAGUGACACAUUACAACUGCGACCACAGCAGAGAAGGAAACAGAAGUUGGUUUGGGUGGGGGGAAGCCUGACUCAGACAGGGAAUGUUGUUCUGCUUUCCAGGGUACUACAUAAAUAGGAUCCAAUCUUUUCUUGAUAGUCUGUGCCACACAAACAUGUGACAGAGCUACACUGGCACCGUGGCAGGCACAAGAAGGCUGUACCAAUGACACGUAUAUCCAACAAUGCUAGUACAUGCAAUUUUGGAUGAUAAAUAUAAAUGGCUUGGCACCAGAACUGCCUGCCAGCUAAUCUGCAGCUGCUCAGCUUUGUUCACACAGUGCAGUUACAGAGGAAGGUUGACCCUAUGUGGCACUGUUGCUUGCUCAGAGCCCUGUGCCAACAGUGCAACUGCAAAUAAUUCCCCCCUCCCUCCCCUCCGUUGGGGUGGUUCCGAUAAUCCUUCAUCCUAGAAUGGUAUUCAGGGGUCCUUAACGGCUGCUAUGACCAUUGCCAAAGUGUAAAUUUUUUGUUGUUUUUGGAAGAGACUCACUGGUAAACAUAGGCUUUAAUUUAACCUCUAACUUAGUGUUACAAAAGUAUUCACCCGCCACCUGUAAGAUUUCUUCUGGCUAGGGGCUGUGAAAAUAUUUUCUGUUACAUCUUUUCAUUUGAUACCAAUGCACUUUGCCCAAACAUUUGAAUGCAACAAAGCAAAUAUCAGCAAGGAAAUAUUUUUUUUCUUACUAAUGCAGGAGAGUUACAAUUACCCAAGAUUACUCUGCACUCUUUUCUUGUGUAGUUUAAUCCAACUUUAGUUUAGUUUAGCUGCAGUCACACCGUGCUACAGGGAUCUGAUCCCCUUGUUAAAAAGAUAUUCCCAAGGGAAGGGUGGUACUGGGCUGGAAGACUUCCAGACACACACUUGUUUUGGCAUUUAUAAGAAUAUCAUGAAAUCUUGGGGCCGGAACUUUCACAUGGACUGGGGUCCUGUACAAAAUGGCACUUUAAACAAAUUUAACAAUUACUAAUACACAGAAGCCUGUUUCUCUAAACCAUACCUAUUGGCUAAAUUAUAUAUUACCAAUACUCAGCUGUCUUGUUAUUGAGCAUUACACAAAUAUUAAAGGGAGCUCUUCGUAAAAAUCUAGUCGCCACAGUUCUACAGUACAGAUAGUAAAACACAUUAAUUUGGGAAAAUACAACCAUACAUUCAAUAUGAAAUUAACAAACUGCUUAAAUGACAAAGGGAAAGAAAUGAUACUCAUGAACUGUUGAAAUGUAGUUUGAAAACCCAGUGAAACAGUCAUUUGACUAUCAAGGAGGAAGCUACAUUUUUCCUGCAGUUUGGAGCAGACUGCAGCUACGCUACUUGAAAAUUCACAUUUGGAACACUGUGUUCUGUGAUCAAACAGCAUUUACCGCUAUUUGUAGUGUCUGCCUUUGCAACACUAUGUUCCCUAUUGAGAAAGACAGUUUUAAAUGUGGCACAGCAACAAAAUCCUUCCUUAACUACCAUGAAAAACCAGUUGUAUUGCAUCUUGCUGGUUGUGUUCCUAUUAGAUUACAAGCAAGUCUACAUAAACACAUCUGCCAUACUCUAUACUACAGUGAUCACUGAGUGUAGAUCCUACAGAUUUCCAAGAUUUGUAGCAAUUCUAUUGGUUGUCUUCUUUUGAUACAAUUAAGUGCAAUUAGACUACAGUAAUUUGUGUUUUAUUAAACAAUGAGCUAUCCAUUAUGAAUUGUCACAAGUCAAAAUAAUUAGAAAACAGCACAAAAAAAUCAACAUUGUUAACCAAUCGGACUUUGACAGUGAAAUGUAAUUCUAUUGUUCGACUGGAGAUAUAAUACCCGCUAAGAUUAACUUGCUUCACAGACUAGAAAUUAUUUUUAAGUGUCCCUCUUUGGCUGCAAUCUACAAUUAGUUUUAGACACUGGGAAUUUCCAAGGGUUUAGUAUUAAAUCAUCUGAAUUAGACCCUCAUGGCAACAGACCCAAACACUCAUCAACAAAGUAUCUUUAACAGCUAAUUUCACAUUUGCAUAGUUGUACACUUAAAUACAAAUUUACUAGCAAUGCAUAUUAUAAUAAUGGGAACUUAAAAAAUAAAGACGUUUCAAACACCUGAAUCUGGCUGGUAGUUGGGUAUAGCAAACUUGCGGGGGAGAGAAUUAUUGCCCACUACCACCAAUUAUCAACAGAUAGCAUGCCUGUCUUUAAUGCCUUUUCCUUAUCCAACAUCUAUUUCUUAAUGAUGUGGGAAACUCAAGGCCCUGGAAUUAGUGGUAUGCUAUCAAAUACUCCAAAGGUGAUAUUUAGAAGAUUUUUGUUUUUUUUUCAGUCUUCACGAAGAUAAGACUCUUCGACUUCCUCUGUGGUUUCUGAGAUACUGCAUGGCUG